CCAUUGAGUUAUGAACAUAUGUAUAUGUUGAGUUUCGCCAUGCGACACAAAAGAUGGUUGAGGAAAUUUAUUUUUAGGGAAAUACUUAGUCUAUGUUAUGAGUAAUUGACGAACAAGGUUAUGGUUGAAAAAGACUAAGAGUAUGGUAAAAACUCGAUGAAUCUUAAGUCGUGAGUCUAAUUAUGUGAUGUGAUUGGGAAUUUAGAAACUAUUUGUGAUGGUAAGUAAGGUAUAAAGUUAUUGCGAACAUUACUAUUGUAUUGCUUUCCAAAUUUUUGUUUGAAUGGUAAAGAUUUCGUGAAGCCGAUUUCAAUGAAGUUAUAACGUUUUAUCAAAUUAUGUUUUCGAAUUGAGUUUGAUAAGCGAAGUUGCUUUUCAAGACAAAACAUAAAAACGAAAACUAAAACUAUUUUGAGCCACCUAUCAAAUGUAAUGUGUGUACUCGGAUUUCCGCUGAUUUUGUUCAAUGAACCUGUCCUGGUGGGGGCAGAGUCAAAAUGUUUUGCAGGUAGCGAGAAUCGAGUUUCAGUUCAGGUUCAAGGUGCGUAGAGUCCUUCGGAUGUCUUAUAUGUUUCAAGGCGGAUUUAUAGAUUCUCCAAGUGUAUUUAAGUCUUUUCCAAUUUGUUAAUGGAUUGUAUUAUUGAUCGAGGGGAAAACUAGGUCGUUGCUAGUCUCUCCUAAUCAAAUAAAAAACCUAAACAAACCACUAAACACAAGUAAAGCGACAAGUAAGGGUCAAAAUCCACAAGGACUAAGGUGCGCUAAUUUAUGCUAAUCGAACAACAAGCUAGGUCGAAACGAGGUUUUGGAAAAUCACUAAUCGAAUAAAACUAAUUAAACUAAACUAAGAAAUCAAAAGUAAACGAGAUUAGGGAAUGGGUCAAACAACAACAAAUCAUGGAAUAGGCAUAAAAUAAUUGAAAAUGGGGAAGAUUCACAAGCACUACAUGAAUAAGCGUCGAAUUCAAAAAUAGCUCCAACUAUCUCCCGACAUGCGAGCAAUUUCCCUAAGCAUCAAGGAUGAACUCCCGUUCUACCCUAUCAUACCUGAGGUAAAUCAAAAUCCCAAUUCAACCAAAUAGUCAAGUUUAGGUCUUUAAUCCCUUUCCAACCCAACUAAACUACUCCAAGCAAUCAUGAAACACUUAAUUGAUCAAGUUAAAUGCAACAUGUAUUGGAAAUGCCUAAACAUGUAAUAAUUUAAGGGGCUUACUAUUUACCGCCCCACAUUACUCAAAACCGCCCUAAUAUUUUACCUAUAUAACCCUCUUUAUUUACCCCUUUAUUUUUAACAUUUACCAUUACCAUUUCUUUUUUUACCGCUUCUUCCCACAUCACUGCCGGAGCACCACCGCCGGAGCACCGCUGCCGGAGCGCCGCCACCGGAGCACCACCGCCGCCACCGGAGCACCACCUCCUGCCGGAGCACCACCGCCGGUGACUGCAGCCUGGAGCACCGCCGCCGGAACCCACUUCCAACACCACGCCGACCACCACAAUGCGAAACAACUUUUACAUGGCCGAGACUACCGGAGGAACUUCAAAUUCACAAGAGGUUCCGUUGCUAGAUUUAGGAAGCGAUGGUAUUAAUUAUAAUCCAAAAUUCGUAACUUCUGAAAUAUUUUCGAGUGAUGAUGCUGCUGUUGAGUGGGCUAGAAACAUUGCUAUUAGCAAUGGUUUUAAGCUUGUGAAGUCCUCAUGGAAACGAGGAGAAUUGUACUUGAGAUGUAACCGCGGUGAAAGAAAUAGAGGCAAAGGAAGAAAUUUGGCACAACAACAUGACUUCUAUUCUGGCACAACAACACUUUUCGCUCUUCCCCAUCCCAAAUCUGUCGGGCGACAUGCCCCCCAAAACUAGGAAUGACGUUACAAUCAACCGGGCCACCCGAGAUAUGAGACCUAACUAUCCAAGACUCGUUUGCCAAUUGCUUAUGUCGUUUACUCAUCCUCGCAGCGCUCGACUCAGAUCUAACAAACUUCCCUCCUUCACCCUUCACAAUCGAAACAACAUCGGGUUCAGAAUCAUCGUCCUUAGCCACAUCAUCCCUAGCCACAUCAUCCCUAUGCACAUUAACAUCCUCAUCCUCCAAAGCCAACUCGGCCUCCAGCUCCUGCUCAAAGCCAUCACCCCCAUCCUCAUCAUCAAACGGACGAGAAGACUGACUUUCAUGCACCGGUUGAAUCACUCGUGCAACCUGCUUCUCUCUCCUAACUGAAGCAUCAAUACAUCGAUCUCGAGUAUGUCGAGCACCAGAGUCAACAUCGCUAGUGAGAUACACGGAGGAAGAUUCCCCAACUUUUUGCUAUAUAUUUGAAAAUCAAUAAUUAAUUACCAUCAAAAUAAUUUAUAACUAUGAGUAUAUUUUUUUUUAGUCUCAUAACAAGUAAUUUUUAUUAGCAUCAAUGGAGCGUAAUAACACUAUCAAUUUUGAAUA